UAAACAAGUUAUGUAUUUGUAUGUGAAUAUACGAUAAUAAAGCAAUUACAUUUUCCUGUUGAUAUUGAUAUCGAUUAAUUUUAGAUUUAACAAAGUUUUAAUUAAACUCUUCAAACCUAACCUUCUCAGAUGAAACAUUUUACAAUGACAACUAAGUUUUUUUCCUUGAAAAAUUUUGUGAUUGGAACUUUUGAUCGUAUUAAUUUGAAACACUAUUCGCGGUCAGCUAUUGUGUGUACUAAAAUUAACACAAAUGCGGAAAAUUGGCAAGAAAAACUCUGCGAUACAAUGCAAAUUGUACCAAAUUUUGUCGAUAUCGAAGAGGAAAAGUCUCUGUUAGAAGAGGUUGAACCUUACAUGAAGACACUUCGAUACGAAAAAUCACAUUGGGACGAUGCAAUACAUUUUUAUAGAGAAACAGAGCGAAAACAAUGGAAUGAAAAUAAUAUGAAAAUAAUAAACAAAAUUCGUGAAAAAGCAUUUCCUAAAGAAAUGAGUCAAAUUCCGCUAAUACAUAUUUUGGACCUAGCAGCAGAAGGAUGGAUAAAACCACAUGUUGACAGUAUUAGGUUCUGUGGUGAAAUCAUUGCUGGUUUAAGUUUAUUAAGUGACAGUAUAAUGAGACUUACGAUGGUUGGAAACGAAACAACGUACAAACAUGAUUUUCUAUUGCCUCAGAGGUCCUUGUAUAUAAUGAGCGGUGUAGCCAGGUACAACUACAAUCAUGAAAUUUUGAAGAAUGAAGAAUCAUACUUUGAAGGACAACAUAUACCAAAAACUAGACGUAUUUCAAUAAUAUGUAGAUGCCAACCAGAAAAUAGUGAUAAUUAACAUUUUAGAAAUGUAUAUGAUUACUUUGUAGAUUUAUAUAGUGUACAUAAUUAAUUUAA